AUGAAUUUGAGAUAAAAUCCGAAACAGAGAAAACAAACAAAAGGUAGCUCCGUUGGGCGACCAAUCUCAAAGUCCUUGAGCAUGUGUGGCGAAAUCUCUGAGUCAAUUCUUCAUCCAAAACAAAGUGGGUAGCUUCACAGUGCAACAACUGACACACCGUAAUGGCGGCAAAUCUUCAUACAACCGUCUCUGUGACGCCGAGCUUCAUCAUACCCACCGCUCAGAAUGACUCAAAGCAUAUCGCUUCCCACCGUUUUCAAAUUGGGUUGUUCCAAAACUGCAAAACCAUGGAUGAACUUCGACAAUUGCACUGCUACGCGUCGAAGCAGGGUCUCAUUCGUAAACAAUCAACUGUAACUAAGUUGAUUUCCACUUGCGUGGAAAUGGGCACUUUAGAAAGCUUGGAUUAUGCUCGAAAGGUAUUCGAGCUCUUCCAGGAAGAGGACGAAGCAACUGUUACUGUUUUCAUCUACAAUUCGUUAAUUAGGGGAUACUCUGCUUCAGGGCUUUGUGAUGAAGCUGUUUCAUUGUACAUUCAGAUGAUCGAGACUGGGUUUAUGCCAGACAACUUCACAUUUCCAUUUUUGUUAAGUGCGUGUGCAAAGACUGCUGCAUUUUCAGGAGGGGUUCAACUCCAUGGAGCUCUUAUGAAGAUUGGUUUGGAAGGAAAUAUGUUUGUUGCUAAUUCUCUGAUACAUCUGUAUGCAGAAGCACGAGAUUUUUCGUCUGCUCGGAAGGUGUUUGAUGAAAUGCCCGAGAGAAAUGUUGUUUCAUGGACCAGCUUGAUUUGUGGCUACGCUAGGUCAGAUUCUUCCAGUGAGGCCGUGGCUUUGUUUUUCCAAAUGAUCGAGGCAGGCGUUAGACCCAAUUCUGUCACAAUGGUGUGUGUGAUAUCAGCUUGUUCCAAGUUGAAAGAUCUUGAACUGGCCAUGAAAAUUCAUGCUUAUAUCAAAGAGUCAGAAGUGGAGCUUAAUACUCAUAUGGUGAAUGCACUUGUGGAUAUGUACAUGAAAUGUGGAGAACCUGGUGCUGCUAGGCUACUAUAUAAUGAAUGUGUUGAUAAGAAUUUGGUUUUGUGUAACACGAUCAUGUCAAAUUUGGCACGCCAUGGCAUGCCGAAAGAGGUACUUGCUGUCUUGGUAGAUAUGUUUCAGGUAGAUCUUCGACCGGAUAGAGUUUCGUUGUUAUCAGCAAUCUCAGCAUGUGGGCAGAUGGGAGACUAUCUACUUGGGAGGUGCUGCCAUAGUUUUGCUCUAAGAAACGGGUACGAAGGUUGGGAUAACAUUUGCAAUGCAAUGAUUGACAUGUAUAUGAAGUGUGGCAAACAAGAAAUGGCCUACAAAGUUUUCGACGGUAUGUCAAAUAAGACCACUGUGUCAUGGAACUCAUUACUUGUUAGUUAUGUUAGAAACAGAGAUUUAGAGUCAACUAAGAAGAUAUUCAACGCGAUGCCUGAAAAGGACAUAGUAUCUUGGAACACAAUGGUUAGUGCUUUGAUUCAAGAGAGUAUGUUCGAUGAAGCAAUUGAACUCUUUCGAGAAAUGCAAACAAAGGAAAUAGAAGCAGACAGGGUGACGAUGGUAGAAGUUGCAUCUGCCUGUGGAUAUCUAGGAGCUCUCGAACUCGCCAAAUGGAUAUAUGCAUAUAUCAUAAAGAACAAUAUCGACUGUGAUAUGUUGCUUGAGACAGCCUUAGUCGAUAUGUUUGCUAGGUGUGGUGACUCUCGUAGUGCGAUGAAAGUGUUCGACAAUAUGGAUAGAAAAGACGUCUCGGCAUGGACAGCAGCCAUUGGAGCAAUGGCUGUGGAUGGGAAUGGAGAGAGAGCUAUAGAACUUUACAGUGAGAUGCUAAGACAAGGGGUGCAACCUGAUCAAGUAGUUUUUGUGAACAUAUUAACAGCUUGUAGCCAUGGUGGUUUUGUGGAACAAGGGCAGCACAUAUUCGAGUCAAUGAAGCAACAUGGAAUCUCCCCACAGAUUGUUCAUUAUGGUUGCAUGGUUGAUCUAUUAGGCCGUGCAGGCAAGUUAGAAGAAGCUCUUGACAUUAUAAAGAGCAUGUCAAUGAAACCCAAUGGAAUUAUAUGGGGAUCUCUAUUGGCUGCGUGUCGUACUCAUAAAAACGUCGAACUGGCUACAUUUGCAGCUGAAAGGUUGGCAGAAACAGCUCCAGAAAGGACUGGGAUUCAUGUGCUUCUAUCAAACAUAUAUGCGUCGGCUGAACAGUGGGCUGAUGUUGCUAACGUGAGGCUACAUUUAAAGGAGAAAGGAGUUAGAAAAACGCCUGGUUCGAGCUCAAUCGAAGUCGAUGGAGUUAUUCAUGAAUUUACCUCGGGCGACAGAUCACACCCAGAAACUUGUCACAUUGACAUGAUGUUGAAAGAAAUCAACAACAGGCUGGGGGAUGCUGGCUAUGUUCCUGAUUUAACCAAUGUUCUGCUUGAUGUAAAUGAUCAGGAGAAACAAUAUCUACUCAAUCAGCAUAGCGAGAAGCUGGCGAUGGCUUACGGGCUUAUAAGUACAAAAAAACACCUGCCUAUUCGUGUCAUUAAGAAUCUCAGAACGUGCUCAGACUGUCAUGCAUUUGCCAAAUACGUUUCAAAAGUGUAUGAUAGGGAAAUAACAAUACGAGAUAAUAAUCGGUUUCACUUCUUUCGACAUGGGUCUUGUUCGUGUGGUGAUUAUUGGUAACAUAAUUCUCAGAUAGGAAAGAAUUGUAAAAGAAACUAUGCAUCUUCACUAUUGAUUUAUAUUCGAUCUCUGUGAAACUUAA